AUGAGAGGGGGUGGCAGUAGUGCUAAGAGGAAAAGAGUGGGGUUUCUGUUACAAAGAGGGGAGGCAGACGUGUGUUUUCUACAAGAGACAAAGUUGACUAAUAUGAGCAGUAGUGUGGUAAAGGAGUUGUGGGGUGAUGUCAAUGCAGAGUGGUCUCAUUCGGGAUCGCUUGGUGCGUCGGGUGGGAUUUUAACUAUGUGGAAAAAAGAUUAUUUCGAUCUUAUUUAUAGUUUUCGGGGCGAAGGAGGGGAUUUCAAUUCGGUUUCUUCAAGUGAGGAACGGGUCGGAAUUUCCAAGAGAAACAACAUUAAAGAAAUGGAGAAAUUUAAGAAUUUCAUUGAGGAUAUGGAAGUGGUGGAUGUACCGACAAUUGGCAGUAAAUUUACUUGGUUUAAUAGUAACGGUAAAACUAUGAGCCGGUUAGAUAGAUUCUUGUUGUCGGAAAAAUUCAUAGAAGAUUGGAAGGUGGAAGGUCAAACGAUUGGUAAAAGAGACAUAUCCGAUCACGCACCAAUUUGGUUACAAGAUAACAAGAAAGAGUGGGGGCCAAAAUCGUUUAGAUUCAAUAAUUUAUGGCUAAAGCAUGAAGAGUUCGCUCCGUUUGUGACUAAAGAAUGGGCCAAGAUCCAUUGCAAGGGAAGAGGUGACUAUUGCUUGGUUGAGAAGUUAAAAGUUCUAAAAGAGCGCAUUCGAUGGUGGAACAAGACGGUUUAUGGGUGGAUUGAUUUGAACAUCGGGACAGUCGAGGAGGAGUUGCACCAUUUAGAUAACUUGUUUGUUCAUUUUGCAGGUACCGCACCGGAUGAGGUGACCACAAAGAGGUCAAAAGAAAUGGCGAUUUUUUGGGACAAUAUCAACAAGAAAGAAGGUCUCCUCGGUUUGAAAUCUAGGCAACUUUGGCUCUCCGAAGGAGAUAACAACACCCGUUUUUUUCAUAACUCUCUUAAGGAGAGAAGGAGGAGAAACUUGAUGUGCUCCCUUGAAUCUAGUCAAGGAAGAUUGGAAGAACCCCACGACAUUAAAGACCACGUCUUUAAUCACUUUAAAAGCUUUUUCAAGGAAGAAGUAGAGAUACGUCCGGAGUUUAGAGGGAUAAGACUAAAGUCUUUGUCUAAUGAAGAUUCUUUGGAGUUGGAGAAGCUUUUUACGGAAGAAGAAGUCAAGGAGGCGAUUUGGGCAUGUGAUGGGAAUAAAAUCCCCGGUGCGGAUGGUUUCACUCUUGAAUUUUCAAGAGUUGGAAGUAUCUAUAAAAUUCUUGCGAAGCUCUUAACCGCUAGAAUCAAAAGGGUUGUUAGUAAGUUGGUGUCUCCGAAUCAAACCGCGUUUGUGCCGGGAAGAAAUAUGAUGGAUGGUGUCUUGAUGGUGAAUGAGAUUCUCGAUUGGGCAAAGAGAAAGAAAAGGAAUUGUCUAUUACUCAAGGUCGACUUUGAAAAGGCCUACGACUCCGUUUCUUGGAACUUCAUUAGGUUUAUCAUGGAUAGAAUGGGCUUUAGCAAGAGAUGGAUGAAAUGGAUGGAAGCGUGUGUUUUCACUAGUCAUAUGUCCGUGUUGGUAAACGGAAGUGCCACGAAAGAAUUUAUGGUUCAAAAAGGGCUUCGCCAAGCCGACUCUUUAUCUCCUUUCAUUUUUGUUCUUGUCAUGGAAGGGCUAACCGCGUUGGUGAAAAAGGCGGAGGAGAUGGGGGAGUUUAGACCUUUUAGGUUCGGUGAAGAGGAUUAUGUUGACAUUCUUCAAUUCGCGGACGACACCAUCAUAAUGGGUGAACCUACUUGUGACAAUCUUUGGAACUUGAAAGUGAUAUUGAGAGGAUUUGAACUAGUCUCGGGAUUGAAAAUCAAUUUUUCGAAAAUUAAUGUUAUUGGAGUGCAUGUAGGGGAUUGGUUUAUGAACACGGCUUCUUCGUUUCUUUCUUGUAAGAAAAGCUCGGUUCCUUUCAAAUUUCUAGGAGUUAUGGUGGGGAUUUGCCCUAGGAAGGUCAAAGCUUGGAAGGAAGUAAUAAAAAACAUCAAGGAUAGAUUGUCGGCUUGGAAAGAAAUUAGAAGCCUCCAAAGUAACUUCUUGUGGAGCGGUAAUGUGUCUAAACGAAGCAUUCAUUGGGUGAGUUGGGAGAUAGCUUGUAAACCUAAAGACAAGGGAGGGUUGGGUAUUAGGGAUGUCCGUGAGGUGAAUAGGGCCAUCCUUCUAAAAUGGAAAUGGCGAAUUUUAACAGAGAAAGAUACUAUAUGGAGUCGAUUCAUCGAAUUGAGGUACACCAAUCCUAAGCUUAAGGUUCAAGCGACGGGAGAAGAAGUUGGUAAUCCGGAUGACUCCAUUUGGUGGAGGGACGUCAUCAAAAACGAUUUGAGUUUGGAAUCAUUUGAGCACGGUUUUUCUGGGUGUGUAAAAAGCAUACCAAAUGAUGGAAAAAGCACUCUGUUUUGGCACAGCUUAUGGUCGGGUAACCAACCUAUCCGCACUCUAUUCCCGGUAUUGUAUGCUUCUGCGGUUAACACUUGUUGCUCUCUAAAGGAGGCUAUCUUGUGGCAGGAUGGUAAGGCUAUUUGGGACUGUAACAGGCUGCUGGCUGGGACUUUUUCUACUGCUACUGCUCGUAACAGUGCUGCCACGGCAGCGUAUCAGCAAGAAGAAUGGACCCGGUUAGUGGACUCGCUGCCAGUUCCAGAUUUGAAUAACGGGGAGCAUGAUCGGUUUGUGUGGAUGCUGAACGACGACGGCCUAUUCUCGGUAGGCAGCACCGCAAUUCUGGUGGCUGAAUCCAAAGAUAAGGCAUGGCCGAUUGCAACGGUAAGAAACAUGUGUGUUGUGUGGAAUUUAUGUCUACCGCUUAGAAUAAAAGCGUUUGUUUGGAGAUUUUUAGCGAACGAAAUACCGCUAAAAGAUCUUUUGCUUGAUAGGAACGUACCUAACAUAGGUUCAAGCGCUUGCGUUUUUUGUCUAGCGCAUCCGGAGAAUGCAACCCAUCUGUUCUUACAUUGUGAUGUUUCUAGAAGAAUUUGGAGUAGCACUUUGGGUUGGAUUGGGACUGAUUCCUUUUCCAAUUUAGACGAGUUCCUGGACUUUGACAACGUAAAAGACAAGGUGAAGAUAGCAAAUAGCAAGGUCAAAAUAAACACUAUUUGGAUAGCAACUAUGUGGAGCAUUUGGCUCAUGAGAAACGCGAUCAUUUUUGACAACAAAUCUUAUUGCUAUGAUGUGGUGUUUUCGAAUGCAGCUGGGCAGCCUUGGCUUGGAUCACUGCAGCGCUUGUUUGCAUUUUUGCAGCAUACGGAGGUGUUCGAAUUUAUUGAGGACAGCUUCUCAUGGUCGUUGACAUCGAGUGGAAGCUUUUCGGUGAAGUCGUGCUAUGAUCGUUUUAUGGCAAUUCUUUCGGGUACCCCUAUGGAGGAUAAUAAGGUAAAGGCUUUGUCCUAUCUUUGGAAGUGUAAUGCUCCUUCUAGAAUUUUAUUUUUUGGUUGGAGAUUUAUUCUUGAUAGAAUAGCCACUAGGGACCAAUUGGUGAGAAGGGGAAUAUUGAGAGAAGGUAAUGAUUCUUUAUGUGCCCUUUGCUUGUUGGAGGAGGAAUCUAUAGAGCACUUGUCUUAUUCUUGUAGGGUUACUUCUAGCAUAUGGAGAAGGGUUUAUAUGUGGCUAGAUUUAUCCGAGUUUAUGUCUCUUGAGGAUUUUGUGGCUUUCUUCCAUAAUUGUGGUAAACUUCUUUGCUUGAAUAAGAGAACGAUAGUGGCAAUAGUUUGGCUCGCUACGGUUUGGUCUAUAUGGAUAAAGCGUAAUGCGGUGAUUUUUAAAGAAGAAUCUUUUAGUUUCACCGAAUGUAUGUCGGAGAUAGUUUAUAAUCCGUGGUGUUGGCUUUGUUCUUCUUAUAAGAAGGUAAACCUUUGUAAUUAUUACUAUUGGAAUAUUCUACCUCUUGAAUGCUUUGAGAGGUAG